AUGAUUCAGGCAAGUCGUACAGAGGAACCUGAUAGUGAAUUUCAAAUUACAAGUAAUGUACUAUCAGCUUCACCAUCAACUUCACCAUUAACAUCAAGACCAUGGCUUAAACGAGCACGAAUAAUUACUGCUUUAAUUUAUAUUCUACUUCAAACUGCUUAUUUUAUAUUCAUAGUCAUUUGUAUCGCACUUUAUCCACGCUGUGAAAAAGCACCUGCAACAUCAUGGUGGACAAAUGGUGUAUUUCUACGUUUGUCAACUCGUACAAUGAAAUUUAAUAAUUUAACUGAAAAAAUUAGUGAUUACAAAAAGGAUUUCGAUCUACAAGCUCUUUGGCUUAGUCCAAUUUUUCCAUUAUCAAAUGAAUUAAAUCCACUUGAAUGGAAACGUGUUGAUAGUAGUUUGGGUAAUGUAAGUGAUUUAACUGGUCUUAUUGGUAAAGCACAUGAAAAUGGUAUUCAAAUACUUGUUGAUUAUCCAUUAAAUCAUCUAUCUAUUCAAUCAAAUUAUUUUACUUCAAAUGAUGAUUCUUAUUUUGUAUGGAAUGAUCAAGGUAGUACAAAUAAUUGGAAAACAAUUAAUGAUAAUCAACAAUCAGCAUGGACUUAUAAUGAUAGAAAAAAUUCAUUUUAUUUACAUCAAUUUAAUAAUGAUAAUGAUUCAAUUGAUAUUAAUUAUCGAAAUAAUCGUGUUUUUAAUGAUAUGAUUGAUUCAUUUUCUUUUUGGGAUAAAAAUUUUCAUAUCGAUGGAUUUAAUUUACAAGGUAUUAGUUUUGCAUAUGAAGAUUAUGAAUAUAAAAAUGAAACAAAUGAUAAUAGUAGUCGAUUGAGACAUCUCGAUGAAGAUUAUCUUUUACUUGCACGUAUUAGAGCUGAAAUCGACAAGGAUAAAAUCUUACUUCUUGAUAAAAUUGAUUCAUUAGCUACAUCUAAUGAACAAUUAUUAACACGUUAUUAUGGUGAUAAAAAUAAAUAUUUAGGUGGUGUACAAUUAGCUUCAUUAAAUAAUUAUAUAUUAGUUAAUGAAAAUAAAACGAAUCUAACAUUAUUGUUUAAAGAGUACUAUAAUUCAAUAUUUUUUAAAAACAAACAACCAUUUCUUUGGUCAUCUUUAUCAUCAAAUUCUACAUUAAAUGAAGCUUUUUUUGCUGCAUGUUUAUUUCAUAAUGGUUCUAUUGCUAUUGAUAUUGAACGUCAAGACAAUCAAUUUUCAGAAAACCAACGUACUCGUCUUCGUGAAAUAAUACAACUUACACAAAUAGAUGUUUUUCGUGUUGGUCAUGUUCGUCAAACUAUUCUUCCUAAAUCAAAUUGGUUAACCAUUGAGUUAACAAGACGAGGUGAAAAAAACCAUAUGAUUAUUAUUAAUUUUAAUCACUAUGAUGAAAAGGAUAAAAUUGAAUUAAAAGAAGGAAAAACAGAUGCAGUUGAAGUUAUUUUAACUAAUAAGGAAAAUCCUGACAGCAAAUAUGAAAAAAAUACAUUACUUUCAAUGACACAAGAUAUUGAAUUAAAAUCUUAUGAAUAUCUUAUUAUUCGUUGGUCACGAUCUAUUGAAGGACUUGGAAUUAUUUUUUGA